AUGAGCGCGAACAGCAGCAGCAGCAGCAGCAGCAGUAACUCGGCUCUGAUCGAGAAGAGACGCGAGCUCGAGAACGUGAUCCGCAAAGUAGAUAGCUCCAAAUCGAUCGCGUUGAUCAAGUGCUACAAAUUGUCGAAAGCUCACUGGAGAUUCAAGCCGAUCGUCCGCUCGGCCGAUCGUCGCCGACGUUUAUCCUGCUACCUGUUGGCCGUGGCGCUCUUGACGAUGUCGUACAGGCCCUUGGCUCACUACUAUCGCACCUUGGAUCGGGAUAAAUGCUUGAUCGAAUCACCGUCGCUGGCCAAACAGAUCUUCCGACCAGCGCAGGACUGCUCCAUUUGCCAGGACGUGCAUCGGAUCGACAGACUAUCGCAGAUACAUCCCAAAGAAUUCGAGGAUCGCUACGCGUACUCCGCUCGGCCGGUGGUGAUAAGCGACGCCACGGCCAAUUGGACCGCCAUGCAGAGCUUCUCCUACGAAUUCUUCAAGAAUCUGUACGGCGAGCGCGGGGCCAACUGUCAAUUCUUCCCCUACAAGACGGAGUUCCGCAGCCUGCGCGAGGUCUUCAACAUGAGCGAGAGUCGGGCCAGACUGGAGGCCGGCGCCAAGGCUUGGUACGUCGGCUGGAGCAAUUGCGACGAGGCGAUCGGCUCGACUCUGAGGCGGCACUACGACAGGCCGUACUUUCUGCCGGACACGUCGGAGAGCGAGAGGACCGACUGGAUAUUCAUGGGUAGUCCGGGUUACGGUGCUCCCAUGCACGUCGACGACGUGGAGUAUCCGUCGUGGCAGGCGCAGAUCAGGGGCCGCAAGCGCUGGAUCCUGGAGCCACCCCGCGAGUGCCACUACAGCUGCGAGCGGCUCGAGAUAGUCGUCGAGCCCGGAGAAAUAAUCGUGCUGGACACGAACAAGUGGUACCAUCAGACCCGCAUCGUCUCCGAGGACAUAAGCAUCACCAUCGGGGCCGAGUACGAUUAAAUUG